UAAAUUCCCAAAAUACGAAAAACGCGUAAGAAAUUGGCAAUAAAUAAAAACAACGUCAUUAUUUACUUUCAGUGGCCGCCAAAACAGUGCCCUACUUUACCACAACCCAUAACCUAAAAAUGUUUAAACCAAAGUUCAACAACAAGCUUUUAACGUAACGUUGCUAAGUUUUAACCAAUUUACUCACCACUGAAGAGAUUGUCGUUUGCCACCUCUAAACUAGCUAGUGCCCCCUUUUCAGCCACUCGUCAACCUAACCUCAAAAUGUUCAAAAGCACCAAAAAGUUCGUUUCAAACAACAUCUACGUAUUCGUGGGGAUCCUCAUAGGUUUGUACGUGUCGUCUCUCUUGUCUGACUCUCUGGAGCCGCUAUGUGCCCCCCAAAUCCACGAACCCGUUCUAAAAAACGAAGCCUUGAGAAACAAGGUCGUGCCUAAAGUGAACCCCCCGAAGAAAACCAGCGCCACUCCGAAAAAAAGCAAGCUGGUGCGACCGCGGUACUACUCCACGGAGCUCGGGAUACGAGAGAAGCUGUUCGUGGGGAUUUUUAGUUCAGAGGAAAAAGUGAAUACUCAAGUCGUACCUUUAAACAAAACAAUAGGGAAAUUGGUGGAUCAAAUCAAGUUUUUUAUUACCGCUCAGUAUAAACUGAAGACUAAGUUUAAUCUUAGUGGGUUAGUCGGGUUUACGGACACGAGAGCGAAAUAUCGGCCGUUUCAAGUUUUGAAAUACAUUGGGGAUAAUUUUGCUCAAGACUACGACUACUAUUUUUUAGCGCACGAUUAUACGUUUAUAAACGCACGUAAAUUGAACGACAUAGUCAAGAAGAUUAGCGUAAGCAUGGAUGUGUAUUUGGGGACCCCAAUUACCGAUGGUUCCUACUGUAAUUUAGACGCUGGGAUUAUUUUAAGCAACACUGUGAUGAAAGCGGUUCGCGACCACUUGGACUGGUGCGUCAUCAAUGCAAUCUCUGAAGACCAUAGCGAAAAUAUUGGUAGGUGCGUCCACCACAGUAUUGGUUUGACGUGUCAGAAGUCAAUCCAAGGCCAGACUGUGGAUACUUUCAAGCUCAAACAUUUCGAGCUCAACCAACACCUGCUAGAGUUGUCUAAAAAAGAAGAGUUCAAUGAGGCUGUAACUAUACACCCUAUUCUCGAGGGCGAGAAUUUUUUUUUGCUCAAUGCGUACUUUCUAAAGCAAAGACUGGAAAACAUAAAAAAGAAGAGCGAUCUGUUGUCUGAGGAUUUGACCGAAGUGUGGCCCCCAGGGGCGCGUCCUGGGGCCAAACCGGCCACCAGAUUCGACGUACCAAAGCAGUUUUACUUUAACAUGACUCACAUGUUCUUCCCUGACGAUUUUACCAACGUCAAACCACACACAACUGCAGACUUAAAAGAUAUUGAGUAUAUUAUAGAAGAAGUAAAACUUCGCUACCGCUCCGAACACGCCGGAAAAUUCCAAUUCCGGCGUCUAGUCAAUGGUUACCGCACCUUCGACCUCAGCCGCGGCAUGGACUACACCCUGGACCUGGGGUUCCGGGACCUCAGCACUGGCAAGGAGGUCGUGAAGAGGUUCGAGGUUUGUAAACCUCUGGGGAAGGUUGAGUUCGUCCAGGUGCCCUACGUCACGGAGAAUUCUCGGGUUACUAUAAUACUCCCGGUCCAAGAAAGCGAGAUCGAGUUGGCCUUGGAAUUUUUGCGGGGGUACUCGAGCGCGAUAAUGGACCGCAAAGAGAAGAGUUUUCUUAUGUUGGCACUGCUGUACCAAGCCGAGUCUAGUAAUAAAGGGACUGGUGAUGUUUUCUACGCUGUUAAGAAUUUUGCUACGCGGACGACGAAUAAGUACAAGAACGAGGAUAUUAAGAUCGCGUGGGUGUCGAUCAGGUUGCCCACAUGGCCGACGAUGGUUAAGAUGGAGGAGUAUAGGGUGCUGGAUUUCGGGGUGGCGGAUUUGGCCUUGAAGAAGAUCGGGUUGGACAGUUUGGUUCUGAUCCUAGACGUCCAUACCAACAUCACGGGUGACUUCUUGAAUCGAGUUCGCAUGAACACGAUCCCGAAUUUCCAGAUUUUCAGUGCUAUCCCGUUCAGGCAAUACAACCCGAAAGUGUCCCAGUCGCAGGGACUAGAGAUCAACAAAAACAACGGCCACUUCGACAAGGAAGAAUACCGCUACAUAUCGUUUUACAGCAAAGAUUACGUCACAGCCCGGAAACAGCACCAGAAGCUGCUCCCAAUCGUGCGCGUGGACAACGACAUCGCCGACAUCCUCGCCGAAGAGUACCGAAGCUUCCCCGGCACCAUCUUCGGGAUGUUCGUGGAGUUCGGGGGCGAGCUGCACGCCAUGCGCGCCACCGAACUAGGCCUCAAGGUCAAAUACCACCCGCCCCCGCCCCACUCCGACCGGUGCAACCUCUUCAUCGCCAGCCCCUCCCAACUCGGCCGCCUCCUCCUCUCCCAGCAAAGCCAAAUCGCCGAACUCCAAUAACCCCGCCCUAACUCCGCCCAAAAACCUCUCAAGUUUGCAGUAUGUAUUUGUAUCAAUAUCAUACAUAAUAGAAUAUUUCAUGUAACAAA